AUUUUCUGUUAUCGCAAGAGAGAAAUGGCGACAUGGGGAGCAUUCUUUGGGACAAGGGUUAUGGAAAUAGUGAAGAAACAUGAUUCUGGUGGGCUUGUUUGGAAGAGAAUAAAACUCACUUCUACUCGCAAAGCUAAUGCCAAGAAACGUCUUCGCCGUGUUUGGCAGAAUGAAGCUGUCUUAAAGGCAGUUUCUGAACCAGCUCCAUCCGAAACUGCAGAGGUAGCUGGUGGACAAAUAAGUAAUGUGCAAUUAAAAACCAGUAAGAGUUAGCUCAGGAAAGAACGACUAUGAAGAGGCAAAACGGAAUGUGGGUGAUAGAGCUGCUUGCAAGGUUUUUAUUACCCCUCGUCAACUACAUUAGUGGACUAAACGUGGAUUUUGUUUAACCUGUUAGCGUACUAGUUAGCAUCUAGUGAAGUGAUCUGGAUGUGUCACUUUUACUUGGGUUACUCUAGCUCACGCAUGUUAUAGCUGACACAAAUAUCUACAUUUUUGCUGACUCAAGUGUACUUUUCUUAGCUUAGCUGUACUGAAUAUUUAUCACGUGGUAUCUAUCCUGAGGUCAUGCUUCUGUUUGUGUUU